GGCGGCUGCGGGGCCGCGGAGGCCGUGAAGAGGCCGUGCACCGCGCCGGCGGCCAUCAUCCUCAUGAUGAGGACACUGAGCCUCAGAGACCCGAAACAGCCAAGCGUGGGCGCUCACUCAUGUAAUCCCAGCACUUGACAGGAGGAGGCAGGAGAAUUGCUUUGAGUCUGAGACCAGACUGGGUUACAGUGUAAGACCCUUUGUUAAAAAGCAAACAACGACCAAAGCAACAAGAAACAGAACAAACAAACAAACACAAAAAAACCGAAAAAGAAGUAAAGGAAACAAGGGCAAGCAGUCUGCUAUCACUUGGUCAAAGCCAGAAAUGCCCCUUCAAGUGUCAUCUGUCAGCAAAGAAAUCCCCCGAUGGCUCGUCCAUCUCUCCGUGAAGAGUGGACGUAAGGCUACUGUCGGGCUCACAGGACUGAAAUCUAGUUAAAGCAAGUAGCUGUCACAGAAGCCGACUGGCACUCGGUUCUAUCAGCAGUACUGAUGGCCCACCCACUGAGUGACAGAUACUGCCCUAGACCCCGGGACACAGCACGGAACAAAACAGCCUUAGUGCUUUGUAGAGGACCCUGACCAUGGACCAGCCAGCUGGCCUGCAGGUGGACUACAUCUUCCGGGGUGUGGAGCAUGCUGUGCGGGUGGUGGUUUCGGGGCAGGUGCUGGAGCUGGAGGUGGAGGACCGGAUGACGGCUGACCAGUGGCGUGGAGAGUUUGAUGCCAACUUCAUUGAAGAUUUGACUCACAAGACGGGAAACUUCAAACAGUUCAGCAUUUUCUGUAAUAUGCUGGAGUCGGCCCUUACCCAGAGCAGUGAGUCCGUCACCCUGGACCUGCUCACCUACACAGACCUGGAGUCCCUGCGGAGCCGCAAGCUGGGGGGCCGCCCGGGUGCCUUGGCCCCCAGGUCAGCACAGCUCAACUCCAAGCGAUACCUCAUCCUCAUCUAUUCCGUGGAGUUUGACAGGAUUCACUACCCGCUGCCCCUCCCGUACCAGGGCAAGCCAGACCCUGUGGUUCUGCAGGGCAUCAUCCGCUCACUGAAGGAGGAGCUGGGCCGCCUUCGAGGGCUGGAUGGCGGCCAGGACACUCGUGAUACCCGGGAGACAGAGAUCUGGCACCUGAGGGAGCAGGUGACCCGCCUGGCAUCGGAGAAGCGCGAGCUGGAGGUGCAGCUGGGUCGCUCCCGAGAGGAGGCGCUGGCCGGGCGGGCGGCGCGCCAGGAGGCCGAGGCGCUGCGCGGGCUGGUGCGGGGACUGGAGCUGGAGCUGCGGCAGGAGCGCGGCCUCGGGGGCAGGGCUGCUGGCCGUCGCAGCCAGGACUGCCGCCGCCUGGCCAAGGAGCUUGAGGAGGUGAAGGCGUCGGAGCGCAGCCUGCGAGCGCGGCUGAAGACGCUCAACAGCGAGCUGGCCGUGUACCGAAGGGGGAGACGCACCCUGCCGGCGCCGGCUCCAGCCCGGGAGGAUCGCGCUUCGUCGUCCCGGGAGCGCUCCACGUCUCGCGGCCGCGCGGCCACUCGCUCCUCGUCGCGGGAGAGUGGCCGUGGGGCCAGGGGUCGCGGUCGGCCGGCACGCCCCUCGCCCUCGCCCACAGGUGGUCGUGCGCCCCGAUUUGACCCCACAGCCUUUGUGAAAGCCAAGGAGAAGAAGCAGAGAGAGAUCAGGAUGAAGCAGCAGCAGCAGCGGAACCGAAUGGGCAGUGGAGGAAGCGGGGACGGGCCGUCCGUCUCAUGGUCUCGGCAGACUCGGCCCGCUACUGCGGUGACAGGCCGAGGGGACGCGGCCAGCCGCUCCCGGAACCGCAGCUCCUCGGUGGACAGUUUCCGCAGCCGCUGCUCGUCGGUCAGCUCCUGCAGCGAGUUGGAGGAUUUCUCUGCGUCGAUUUCCAGGAGUCGUCGCUGCCGUGGCCGCGGGAAACCCCCCAGCCCCACACCCUGGAGCGGGUCCAAGACGAAGUCUGCCACUCGAGAACACAACAAUCACCAGAGACACCUGGCUAGUUCCGGGGGCUGGGUCCCCAUCAAAGAGUACAGCUCUGACUUCCAGGGAGCUGACAUGGCUGAAAUAGAUGCCCGCCUGAAGGCUUUGCAAGAAUACAUGAACAGGCUGGACACUCGGUCAUGACCCUGGAGAGGUGGUACCCUGAUUUCCCAUUCCACCGUCAGUGGGUCUGGUGUGGAGGCAGCGCCCCUCCCAUGCUCCACACCUCUAGGUGCUCCUGGAGUCUCAGGUGUGUGAGGCCCUGACUCUCCCCUCUCUCCCAGUAAUGCAUCCUAGGAGAAGAGGGUAUGUGUAUUUUGUAAAUAAAUAUGGUUGUUCUUGGC